UUCAACUAUAGGGCUCUUAUAAAUAAACAACAAUUCAAGAUUGGUUUCCACUCGACACGCUACCUCUACCGAGUCGCAGUCACUCAGAUCUAUUUCAAAUUGAGAGCCACCACUUCUUCAGUAACCAAUCAUGUGUGAUGACGACGUAGCAGCCCUUGUGAUCGACAAUGGAUCUGGGAUGUGCAAAGCUGGAUUUGCUGGGGAUGACGCUCCUCGUGCAGUAUUUCCUUCAAUAGUGGGCCGUCCAAGGCAUCAGGGUGUCAUGGUGGGAAUGGGUCAAAAAGACUCCUACGUGGGCGACGAAGCGCAGAGCAAAAGAGGUAUUCUUACUUUAAAAUACCCGAUCGAGCACGGAAUCAUCACUAACUGGGACGAUAUGGAAAAGAUCUGGCAUCACACCUUCUACAACGAGCUUCGCGUGGCCCCUGAAGAACAUCCCAUUUUACUCACUGAAGCUCCAUUGAACCCCAAAGCCAAUAGAGAAAAAAUGACUCAAAUCAUGUUUGAAACCUUCAACACGCCUGCCAUGUACGUGGCAAUUCAAGCAGUAUUGUCUCUUUACGCUUCCGGUCGUACCACUGGUAUUGUCUUGGACUCUGGAGAUGGUGUUUCUCAUACUGUUCCCAUCUAUGAAGGUUAUGCUCUUCCUCAUGCCAUUCUACGUUUGGAUUUGGCUGGUCGCGAUUUAACUGAUUACCUGAUGAAAAUCCUCACUGAACGCGGUUAUUCCUUCACCACAACAGCCGAGAGAGAAAUCGUGCGCGAUAUCAAGGAAAAGUUAUGUUAUGUAGCCCUCGACUUUGAGCAGGAAAUGGCAACAGCUGCCAAUUCCACUUCCUUGGAAAAGAGUUAUGAACUUCCCGACGGCCAAGUCAUCACCAUUGGGAAUGAAAGAUUUAGGUGCCCUGAAGCGCUGUUCCAACCAUCAUUCUUGGGCAUGGAAUCAUGUGGUAUCCACGAAACGGUCUACAACUCAAUCAUGAAGUGCGAUGUUGAUAUUCGUAAGGACUUGUAUGCGAACACGGUCUUAUCCGGUGGAACCACCAUGUACCCUGGUAUUGCUGACCGCAUGCAAAAGGAAAUCACAGCCCUUGCGCCAUCCACAAUCAAAAUCAAGAUCAUCGCACCCCCAGAAAGAAAAUAUUCCGUCUGGAUCGGUGGUUCCAUCUUGGCGUCUCUUUCCACCUUCCAGCAGAUGUGGAUCUCCAAGCAAGAGUACGAUGAAUCCGGCCCAGGCAUCGUCCAUCGCAAGUGCUUCUAAACAGCAUUUGAUUACUUCCGAUUAAAGUGCCGGAAGUCGAAGCACUGCCCUCGAGACCUGCAAAACUUCCCCCUUUUUUCGUUUGAGAGAAGAGGUCUGUUUACUUUAGGAGUGAAUCUAAUUGUAUUUGAUAAUUUUUUAAGAGUUAAAACUAUUUAGAAGUAAUCUAGAAUAUCAAAGGAUUUGUAUUGAUGUUAUUUAUUGAAUAAAGCUGGUUUCGCAUUGAAAA